AUGGAUUGGGGUAAGAGCAACCUUUAUCUACCCCACAUCCAGCAAACACCAACACCAAGCAAGAGGAUCCACUAUGGAGCGUCUCACGCCUUCCACAAUCCCUCCACCUUACUUGUGUUGCAUGGUGACAUUGUCAAUGGUGGAGAUGGGUUGCUUGCUGCGCAAGAAACACAGAGGUGCACUCUUAAUCUUCACGGCUUGAGCUUGCGGCGGCAUAUCGAAAGCUCCGACGGUGAGGGAUGUGACCUCCGGUGGUGCCCGGCUCUUGGUGGUGGCCGUCGGUGA